AUGAAAUUCAUUUUAGCAGCACUUUUACUUUUACUUGCAUCAAUAAGUCGAUUAGUUGUUAUUCAUAAUGGGAAAAUUGGUCAAAAAGAAGUUGUUGUUUCAAUACCUAUUCAUGAAUGUUAUCGUCAUGUCACAAAUCUGUAUACGUAUCCUCGUUGGAUACCUUCCGUUUUAUCCAUAGAAAAUUUGACGAAAUCAUUCCAUCUUGCUAUUGGUGAAGAAUUUAUUAUGGUGGUUGAUUAUGGAUUUUUAGGUACUAUGUCUUAUGUUGCACAAAUAUUAUCUAUUGAGCCAAAUACCAGCUUCACCUUUAUCCUAGACGACUGGUUAGAGACAAGAUUUGAUUUUGCUUUCACCUCUAUUGACCAAGAAAAAUCCAGGAUGAAAUUAACCAUCAGCUCAAAUAAAAAUAACAUGUUUUAUAAACAUAUCAUCUUACCAAUUGCUCAUUUAUACUAUACCAAUUGGUUAACACAAUGUUUAUUACGUUUUCAAUUAGCAUAUUCUUAA